CCCAAAGGGUGGAGUGCGUCUUUUGAAGACGCACACAACCACAAUCCCUGAAGGAAGAGGUUGAGAAAAGGAUUUAAAGUCAACAAUGCAUUUUGAAUCAAGUUAAUCAUUAGGCUAAAUGUUAUAGGCUAUACAAAAUUGGCACUGUAAUGUAAAGUGUUACUUUUUAUACUCCUAUCUGUCAUGCAGGUUUCGCGGAUCCGCGCGGCGCGUAAAAGUGAGUGGCUCAAAUGCGCGCUAACGCACCACUUCAGCCCAGAUCCCUGCGUGGAAAACGAGAUCGUGGUUUUGGCCAUCGGUGUGGACCAGUAUCUCCAGGAGGUGUUUCAUCACCUCGCCUUUUACCACGGUGAUGACCUCGUCUCGAAUGAGGACUUUAGGAGUCUGUGUUUGAUUUUGGGGAUCCCCGCGAGCGCAGAGACCGAGAACGGCACCUCAGAGCACCGGGAUAUUUGCGAUGGACUUCCUCUUGUGCUGAACUGUAAAGACUUCCACGCACGGCUUUGUGGGGUUUUCACGCUGAAAGCGCAGGAAGGACAGACCGGAGUUCGACUUCCGGUCAGCGAGGAGACCGAGCACAUCGAGCGGGAGAUCAGGCUCCGGUGUCCCCGCGUCCGGAGGAGAAAGUGCGUCAGCUUUGAUCUGUCUGCCGACCAACAGAACCGGAGGAGGUCAGUGAGGAGAUCCGGACCCUCUCAGAAUCCGGAUCAUUUAAAGAGCUCUGCUGUGGAACCCAAGAGAAACGCAGUGGAUAUGAACCCUCAGAGGAGAUGGCAGGACCAGCUGGAGCUGGAGAACGCCAGUCUGAGGGAGCUGGUGGAGGACUUGCGUUCUGCCCUCCAGAGCAGCGACGCACGGUGUUUGGCACUGGAGGUGGCCUUAUGCCGAAAAGAUGUGCCGUCCCAACAUACUGCUGGAGGAACCCCUGAAAAACAGGACUGCAAAACAAAAACACAACAAUCCAAACACAUGGAAUGGGACUCCAGAAGAAGCACUAAAGACCUCCUACGAGAGCUGGAACUGAUCCGUGCUUCUCGCGAUGGACAGCUGGAGGAAGCCAUGCGGUUUAACCAGAGGUUAGAGGAAGAGCUGAUGGCGUCUUAUGGAGAGAUUAGCAGGAUGCAGGAGAUGCUGGACAGCGUCCGGACGGAAAACACGCAGAUUAAGAAGAGGACAGAAGAGGUCAGAAAGUCACUGGCCGCAGGGCUGGAGGGUGUGAGGACCUUACAAGACCAGGCUCGACAAGCUGACCUGCUCCGAGAACAAGUCCAGAGUCUGGAGAGCCAGCUGGAGAAGUUCAGGGCCCAGUGCACCUGCCCAGAGCUGAAUAUGAACAAAACUGAAAUGCUAGCUGAACCAGGUGGGUCUGGAUUUCCCUCCCCCACCAGUCAUGAUGAUGCCAGAAGAGAAGAAGACCUGCAGAGGUCAGUAGAGGGUCAGGCAGCAUCCGAUGAGGAAGAGGAGGAGAGGAGCGUAGAUGAAGGACAGUGCUGCCACCUGGAGGUGAAACGGCUGAUCAACAGAUUACACAGCUGUGCCAAAGGGUGUCAGAAAGCUGCUAUCUGUAACUGGCUUAUCUCUCAGAGCUCCGCUCAUAGCAAAGACACUAAAGCAUGCAUGUGGAUUCCUCAAGCGGAUGAGAGGGGAAAUCAAGCGGGAAAGGUGAGAGUUAAAGAACAAUCUAUGAUCUAUGAUAAUGGAAUAUCAUACACCACAUCAUCUCUAACGAACGCCUGUCUUCUCUGUCACAUGAAGCAGAAAGAGGUGGAGAGUUUGAGAGUUUAUCAUUCACUGCUGGAGGAGAGACUGACUGAUGCGCUCACGUUACUGCUGCAGAUACCACAUAAAAGAGUCUCUCGCAGGAUCUUGGGGAAAAUACUGAUCAACACACUAGAUCUGUGUACUAGAAAAAGCCACGACUGCACUCCGGUGGUUCUGGUGGUGGACACACUGUGCCGGCAGCUCCUCUCCAGUGACCUCCUGGAUGGAGGAGAGGAGGUCAGCGUUGGGUCACGACCUUCUGGGACCUCAGGUCACUGAAACACAUCCAACCCCCUUCUGAUGUCCUGCUGAGAUUUUACAGAUGUCCUACUUUACAUGAGGUGUUGUGAAGGUCCACCCCAAACAUCUGUCAGAUGACAAAGACCCUCAGUAGUCAAAGGAAGCAGUGUGGAUCAGUCACCCACAUCUGUGUCCCGAUCUCCAAUUAGCCACAGGAUGUGGAA